AUGAAUUUGUCUACAACACCAGGAAUGCAGCCGCCGGCCGGCCAGGCAUCACAUUUUAAUGGGCCCUAUAGCUCACUCCAGAUUGGAACCGUCAUUUCCUUUGGUGUCACCUUCUUCAUUGCUACGUGCUUCUUGGGUCUUCGGGUCUUCCAGGCGGUCAAGUUGAUCAAGAAUAUUGAGCUGGAUCUGAUUACAAUUAUAAUUUCCUAUGGCGUCUCUGCGACCUACUUUGCCACGAUAGUCAAUCAAAUGAAAUGGGGCUGGGGAAAACACAUGUGGAAUGUCUCAUUGGCGGAUCUUAUGGAAUUCAACAAGGGCUUGCUUCCCAACACCUUGACCUAUUUGAUCUGUCCAGCCAUUACAAAAAUGGCCAUUGUGUCCGUUUUAUUUCGUAUUAAUCCCUCAGUCAUCUAUCGCUGUAUCGUGGUAGCUGUUGCUGUGUCCAUAUUCGCAUAUACCCUGGUAUUAUGCACCAUUGUGGGAGGGCCAUGCAAUCCGCUCAAAACUGGAACGACGGUAUGCCUGGAGAAUGUUGCCUUGGCUCAAUCGGUUUUGAACAUUGCAUCAGACAUUGCAGUCAUGGCCUUACCCAUUCCGACAAUCCAUGCCCUUCAUUUAUCGACGAAAAACAAAAUCACGGUCGGAUGUCUUCUAACUCUGGGAUCUGGCGUCAUUGUUUGCUCAAUCGCCCGCCUACCAUAUGUCCUCCUCCUCGACAAAACUGAAGAUGUAACCUACACCGAAGCGAUCCUGGGAAUUUGGUCAAUGGUUGAGAUAAAUCUCGGUAUCGUCUGCGCUUGUGCGAUGCGCAUGAAAAGAUUGAUUGCGACAUAUCUCCCGCGACUAUCCUUGUUCUCAUCUAACCCGAGUAAUACUGCGAAAACAUCGCACGGGUCGGAUUUGAGGAGAUUCCAACCUAAUGGUAGAGGUCAACAUUCUUACCAGCUUCACAGUCUCCAAGGGAGUAGUGCGGACCCUUUUAAUGAUCCCAAGGGUAUAAAAUAUCAUCAAUCGUUCAAGGUCGAUGUACAGUCUAAAGACGGCGGAGGUGGGGAUGCCGCGAGCACGGAUAAAAUUUUGAUCUGA